CAGCAGACACUAUUUGAGCUGGGACCGUCGGAUCGUUAUAGAGAACCGCUUCAGUGUCGUCAAUGGGAAGCGCGAGAGACGGUGGCAGCAGCGCGAGUUACGGUCCAGAUUGAACCCCGCAGCCGCACCAUGCUCUCCAGCUCCAGCCCGUGUCUGUGGAUUACGCUGACCCUUCUCCUGGGCUGCCAUGCAGGCAGCGGUUGGGCGCAGAACGCCAAGGAAGUGAUUCUGCUGGACUCGAAGGCGCAGCAGACAGAGCUGGAGUGGAUCUCCUAUCCUCCCAAUGGGUGGGAAGAAAUCAGCGGCUUGGAUGAAAACUACACACCCAUUCGUACCUACCAGGUCUGUAAAGUCAUGGAGCCCAAUCAGAAUAACUGGCUUCGGACUAACUGGAUAGAAAAGGGCAAUGCCCAGAGAAUAUUUGUUGAGUUGAAGUUCACCUUGAGGGAUUGUAACAGCCUGCCCGGUGUGGUGGGUGCCUGCAAGGAAACGUUCAACCUGUAUUACCAGGAAACAGAUUCCGAGGUUGGCCGGGGCUUGAGGGAGAAUCAGUACGUGAAAAUCGACACGAUCGCAGCGGAUGAAAGCUUUACCCAGGGAGACCUGGGCGAAAGAAAGAUGAAGCUGAACACGGAGGUGCGUAUAAUCGGGCCCCUGUCCAGACGGGGCUUCUACCUUGCCUUCCAGGACGUCGGGGCAUGCAUCGCCCUGGUCUCCGUCAAAGUCUACUACAAGAAGUGCUGGUCAAUCAUUGAGAACCUGGCCACCUUCUCAGACACCGUGACCGGAUCAGAGUUCUCCUCGCUGGUGGAGGUUGAAGGUGUGUGCGUGAAUGAUGCCGAGGAGGAGGCCGACAACUCUCCCAAGAUGCACUGCAGUGCUGAAGGGGAAUGGCUCGUGCCCAUUGGAAAAUGUAUAUGCAAAGCUGGAUUUCAUCAGAAAGGAGACGCUUGUGAACCCUGCGGUCGUGGUUUCUACAAGUCGUCCUCUCAGGACCUUCAGUGCUCUCGCUGUCCAGCGCACAGCUUCAACGACCGUGAGGGCUCAUGGCGCUGCGACUGUGAGGAUGGCUACUACCGAGCGCUCUCUGACCCUCCAUCUGUGGCCUGCACAAGACCUCCCUCGGCGCCACAGAACCUGGUCUACAACAUCAACCAGACCACCGUUAAUCUAGAGUGGAGCCCGCCGGCCGACACCGGCGGCCGAAACGACGUCACCUACAGGGUGAUAUGCCGACGAUGCAGCUGGGAGCCGGAGGAAUGUGUACCAUGUGGUCCGAAUGUGGGAUACUCUCCUGCACAGUCAGGAUUAGCAGACACUUACGUGAGCAUAACAGACCUGCUUGCUCAUGCCAAUUACACCUUUGAGGUGGAGGCUGUCAACGGAGUGUCUGACCUGAGCCGGACACAGAGGCUUUUUGCAGCGGUCAGCAUUGCUACGGGUCAAGCAGCUCCGUCCCAGGUCAGUGAAGUCAUCAAGGAGAAGGUGCAGCAGCGCAGCAUCCAGCUCUCCUGGCAGGAGCCACAGCAACCCAAUGGCGUCAUCACCGAAUAUGAAAUCAAAUACUAUGAAAAAAACCAGAAGGACCGGAUCUACUCCACAGUGAGGUCCAAAUCAACCUAUGCUACAGUGAACAACCUGAAGCCUAGCACGGCAUAUGUGUUCCAGAUCAGGGCUUUCACAGAGGCAGGAUAUGGAACCUUUGGACCCAGACUGGAGAUAACAACCAAAGAAGAAGCCAGUGCUGCGAUUGUGUCCAGCGAGCAGAACCCCGUCAUCAUCAUAGCAGUGGUGGCCGUGGCGGGAACCAUUAUCCUGGUGUUCAUGGUUUUCGGCUUCAUCAUUGGGAGAAGGUACGCUCUCGCGGGCCCCAUUGACUCUCCGCUCCUGCACUGUGGGUACAGCAAAGCUGAUCAGGAGGGAGAUGAGGAGCUCUACUUCCAGUUUAAAUUUCCAGGCACCAAAACCUACAUUGAUCCGGAAACCUACGAGGACCCAAACAGGGCUGUCCAUCAAUUUGCCAAGGAGUUGGAUGCCUCCUGCAUCAAAAUUGAACGAGUUAUUGGGGCAGGAGAGUUCGGGGAGGUGUGCAGCGGUCGACUGAAGCUGCCUGGAAAACGGGACGUGUCGGUCGCCAUUAAGACCCUGAAAGUGGGCUACACAGAGAAGCAGAGACGGGACUUCCUGUGUGAGGCCAGCAUCAUGGGACAGUUUGACCAUCCCAAUGUGGUCCACCUGGAGGGAGUGGUGACAAGAGGAAAACCUGUCAUGAUUGUCAUCGAGUACAUGGAGAAUGGCUCAUUAGACGCUUUCCUCAGGAAACACGACGGUCAGUUCACAGUCAUCCAGUUGGUGGGAAUGCUGCGGGGCAUAGCAGCGGGAAUGAGAUAUCUUGCUGAUAUGGGCUACGUCCACCGAGACCUGGCCGCGCGGAACAUCCUUGUCAACAGCAAUCUCGUAUGUAAAGUCUCAGACUUCGGCCUGUCAAGGGUGAUAGAGGACGAUCCCGAGGCUGUCUACACAACAACCGGCGGUAAGAUUCCUGUCCGGUGGACGGCACCAGAAGCCAUCCAGUAUCGUAAAUUCACCUCUGCAAGUGACGUGUGGAGUUAUGGCAUUGUCAUGUGGGAGGUCAUGUCCUACGGGGAGAGGCCCUACUGGGACAUGUCCAAUCAAGAUGUCAUAAAGGCAAUAGAUGAAGGCUACCGCCUUCCAGCACCCAUGGACUGCCCCCCAGGCCUGCACCAGCUAAUGCUGGACUGCUGGCAGAAAGACAGAGCCGAGCGUCCAAAGUUUGAUCAGAUCGUUGGCAUCCUGGAUAAAAUGAUUCGCAAUCCUAACACCUUGAAAACCCCAGUGGGCACAUGUACAAGACCAAUUAGCCCCCUGUUAGAUCAGAGCACACCAGACUUCGCUGCUUUCCGCUCAGUGGGAGAGUGGCUGGAAGCCAUCAAGAUGGAGCGAUACAGAGACAACUUCACAGCAGCCGGCUACAGUUCCUUGGAGUCUGUGGCCAGGAUGUCGAUUGAGGAUGUGAUGAGCUUGGGAAUCACACUAGUGGGCCACCAGAAAAAGAUCAUGAGCAGCAUACAGACUAUGAGAGCCCAGAUGCUGCAUCUUCACGGUACAGGUGUCCAGGUGUGACGAGCUGCGACGGGACGCCUGGGUCAGGGCAAGAACACUCAAGCAGGACUUAUCUGGAGCAGCGCCUGGGUCGCACCCGGCACCAUGGUCAAAGUACACGGAAAUUUGCUGUGUCUGACUCCUGCUGCGUCUGGAGGGAAAUCAUUCCUUUGUUCCUCGGCUAGGGAAUGAGGUCCGUUUCUUCAAAGGGCACUAAAGAGAGUAAAAGGGCAAGAAACAGCAACAAAAAGCAACUACCUGUAUGAGAUGACUUUUUUUCCUUCCUAUUUGUAGAAGCGCUUAAGAACUCAACCACAUAUCAAAGGGCGAGUUGGAAAGGAGUUUUAUUACCUUAAUGAUUGAAUUAAGCGAACACCAUAGAUGUGGAUUUCCUUUACAAAUCAGAAAAACUAGUUUUGGUUCCUUUUUCUAAAGUCUUUAUUUUCUAUGUGCUUGCCACAAGGAAAUGCUGUGGCAUCCACAGGACUUUUUUCUUUCUUCUCCUUGGAUGUGUCAACAGGGUAACUCUUAUCCAGAUGCCGGUGGAGCUUUGCAUUGCAGAUUUAAAGGUACUGUUUGUGCCGAGUCGUGCUGGACUGAGCUGGUUGCAGUUUGUGUUUUUACUGUAACGUGCUUUUGACAUCACAAUUGCAUCCUGACUUGCUUGUUUGCAGCCCACCAAAAAGGGGCAAAUUUUUCCUGUAAUCACUCGGUUUUUAUAUCAGAGAAGCAAUAUCUGUUUGGCUUAGUAUUCACAACCGGACACAAUGUUUUAGAACUUAGUUACUGAUGAAAAUCUGCGAGCACAGUUCAAAGAUUGUAUUCAAUUUGCAGCCACUCUAUAGUUCUGCAAUCAUUCUGCCUAAAAUGUUGCACAUAGUUUGUUUUUGGAAAUUGUUCAGCUGCAGGUAAUGUUUAGGGGUGGACCCCAGAACAGAGGAGAUGUCAUACUGCCUUAAAACAUGUUUAGAUUUAGUAUGGCUGAUGUUUUAGGUACUUUUAAUUGUGAUGCUUUUUGUGGCUCCUUUUGAUGGAUUUUGUCACUUUUUUUGUUUUCUUUUUCGUGUGGUGUCAUGUCUUCUUAUCUGUGACUUGAUCUGGUGUGCACAAACUCAGAUGAUUGCCAGGAAUGACAGAGUCAGAGGGGAAGAGAUUGAUUGAAAAGAGCAAUAAUUACCAGGGAGAGACAGUCUUCACCAGAGAUUCUUUAAGGUGCUAGGUAUUAAAAGCAUGUGUGUGCUGCUGUGUGCUGACAAAACCUUUGGAAAGAUUCUGUCACCCCCAAAAAAGGAAAAGGAAUGUACCUCUGUGACCUAAAAUGCUUUGGAGAGCACUGAGAAAUGUGCCGUGCCAAGUCAUCAAAUGAAAUAAUCAUGUUGUGUUUUGCCGCUAUGAUAUGGUAAACAUUUGAUGAAAAUCUAACAUGGCAUGGAAAUGUCGAACUGAGUUGUUGCGAAGAUGAAAGUGGCACCAUUUGAAACUCUAAAAAGGUGCAAAUUAUACAUGCUAACAUCAUCCUCCAACACAUUGCACCACCCAGAAAUCAAAGAACUCCUACGGGGUUGGGGUCUGAAAAAAACGCGGGACCAAAGGAUGGAGUCUGCGUCAGACGCAGGCCUGGCUGGUAAAUCCUUCCGUCCUGGCUCUGCAGGCAGCCGCGCAGCUCCUCUUGUUUAUUUAUGCACCUCCGCUGCUCAUCCCUCACAGACGUGGAUGUGACGGAACAUGCAUUGAAAUGUGCUUCUCUUUUCUUCCGUGUGACUUUGUGUGGAAAACGGAGCAGAAGCAGGGGCAUGUGGGGGGUGAACAAUGUGUUUUAAAGCUGAUCAACCUCUUUGGUGCCAUCUGUCUCUACUUCAAAAACAAACAAAAAAAAUUUUCUUGUUAGCUGAAUGUGACUUAUUGCAAUUUUCUCUGAUAGAAAAAUGUAUCCAGCUGUCAUGUAAAGGGGAGUAGUGCUCACCAACAAAAAAAUAUAGCAAUUCCUUUCACUGCUGCUGUAACCUCAAUGGAAUCCCAGUAUUUAAAAAUCGUGACCCUUUCCUGAAGGUUUUCGUGUUUCACCUCCAGGACAUUGAGCAGAACCACAGAUCUCAACCUUGAGCAGUUAGGGAGCAGUAAAACCACCAGAAGCUGGAGUUAGAAUCUUUUAGAAACCCUGCGGCAUCUCUGUGCAUUUACACUUUUCUGAUUAAAAGAAAUGGCAGAUAAAUCCAGUCAUUGAAAUCAGGAGAUGUAAUGUAAGCUGAUGUUAAUAAAAAGAAAAAAAUGGUUUUACUUUAGUGUUCGUAGGGAAACAAAACCUGUGACAGCAACUGUUUCUUACUGGGCAUAGAAAGAUCAACUGACAUGAAAGAAUAAACUUUUCCAUACAAGGUGCAGUUAAACACAAUCAAAAAUCUAUGAAUAAAGUAAAAUGUUGCCACAAAUUGGUCAAUAAACUGCUUCUGUAUUUGAAGUGCAGCUGACUAAGAAUCUGCUGCAGAUCCAACAAAGUUAAGGUUUGGGUUUACUGAGGCUGGAGUCUGGACCUGUGUGUCCUGAACACCAAACAUCCCACUCCAAUUUAAAAGUAAAAGUACUGCAUUGCAAUGACAGAUGCUUGCAAUGAAAUAUGUACAGAAAAUGUGAAUGCAACACAACCUUCAAAUUAUUCUGAUGUCUUUCCAACAAUUUAGCAAAUUCACAGUAAAGAUUGGUGCUUCAGUCAGUUAAGAUAUUUUUGGUAUUUGAUUUAAGUUAGCUAAUUAUUGUCAUAUUUAACAAAAUGUCAUCUGUAUUAAAAACUGAUUUUGUGUAAACGGGUUCCUUACCUGCAGUAAAGUCUGAAAUUUUAGGGAAGUGAGAUAGCAGGAAACGAAAGAGAAUACGUAGCAGAGAAAAGCUAAUGGCUAAUCAGACUUGCUCCUUAACAGCAGAUUUUAGCAGUAAAAAAAUCUAACUUAACAAUGUCAUACAGUUAAAAACCAAUGCUGGUUUGUGGGCUGCUAACUGUUGUUGAGUUUGGUACCAUUUUCCCUAAUCCUCUCCAUGGGACUAAACGAAAAUAACACAUGCUGAGGCUAAAGGUCAUAUAAAGGGCAACAGCAUUUUACAUCACGCGUCACAAAAUGUGUUCUGUCUCAAAACCCUAAUACUAAUGCCUGGUUCACACGGCAGAAUUUUCUAAUUGUCGGCUGAUUUUGAAAACCUGAGACCUCACAUGUGACGAUAAAAAAUCAUAGGUAUAACAGGUUUGGUUGUACAGUGUGUGGUGUAGAGCCACACGUUAAACACAGUACACCAUGCAUUAACAAUUUCACAUACAAACAUUCAGAUUUCAGGCAGGAAAUCUUGCAAACCCUCUUGAGAUCCAACAUGAGUUCAGAGUAAUUCCCAUAUGUGUUUCUGUCACUUCUCUUUCUGAUUGGCUGUACGUCCUAUUCAACAGACUCGUGCUUGUUUUUCCUCGAGGAACACGGUACGAUAUCGGGCCAAAACCAUCCAACAGGUGACAACUAAUAUCAUAAAUUGGUUAGAACAAGUUACUUCUGAUUGGACGUAAUAUGAAGUGUCUUGAAGUGGCACAGCCAAUCCUGAAUGAAUCUGUAAGGGGAGCUAAAAAUUAGGGUGACUGCAUGGAGGCCUUCCAACCUUCCAAAAGUGUCAAAAAACAGUGGAAAUAGCAAAUAGCUGCUCAGGCAUUUAAUGAAGGAUUUGAUUGCUGUAAUUCCAGUAAAUAUUUUUUAUCGAUUAUUAAUAUGGAUAUGAGUAAUUUCUUAUAUAUGUAAUUUUUAAUAAAAUGUAACUAUCAAAAUUGCUACUCCUGUAUGGAUUUGUCCUUUGAGAGAUGGUUAUCUCAUUCCAUGUCAAAAACAAACUUAAUGGAUGUAGGAAUAUCAUUUUAAAUCUAAAUCUGCUAUGGAGAUGAAAAACGUUAUCUGUAUUUUGUCAUUAUCAUACCCUGUUAUUGUUACCAUGGAGAGAACAUGACAAAAAUACAACACUGUCUCUCCAGCAGGGAACAUAGCUUCACAUCAGUCUGUAUCAUGCUACACGCAGAAUUCUCUUUUGCUCUGAAUUCUGACAUCUUCUUUUUUACACCUAGAGAAUCUGACCUAAAACAAUUAUUCAACUCUACUUGAAGUUUCUGGCACAGAAAUUUCUCUUUUUAUAUAAACUCACUGAUAAACACUUUGCCUAAAGCAGGUAAGGUGCCCACAACUGAUUACUUCACAAAUCCCCUUUAUUUAAGUGCUUUAUUAACAAACCACAUCGGAAUAAAUGAAUCAAACUGAUUUAUUCUUUUAAAAAUUGAACGUGGAACUUUAAUAGAGUGAGAUAUACAUAUAUCCCCACCUUUUCUGGCUUAAAAUAGACAUAGGUUACACACUUACACCAGAUCUUUUGCACUGUGGGCCUCACCCUUUAUGAGGCAACACCAGGAAUUAGCCCUGACCAGAACUCUUUGUCACAUUCUCCCUCCUUUUAUCCAUACAGCAGAGCUCAGCAGUUGGGUUUCGGCCAGACCUUUCAAUUGAACACAGGCAUGAAGUCAUUCAGUCAGCACAAAACUCCCCAGUUUACAGACACCACCUCUUCUCUCACCCAGCUCUUUACUUCAUGGUUUGAUUUUCAAACCCGGCUCUAAGAUGCCUCACUCCCAUAAGUAGAAAGCCUCUGUUUUUUGUUGUUUUUUUCCCUGAGGUUGAGAGGCGCAGUUGAAGCCAAAUUGAGAUUAACGCCAGGUUACAAUCGAUUUAGCGUCUGUAUCAUCUGCAACUUUUAAAAACCACCAUAGUGUCGGUUUCUUCUCCUUUUAUUGGCAUGCUCUUAUUCAGGUCGCUUUGCUCUGGAAUAUAAAGAUUUUCAUGUGAGAGAAAAUAAUAAAAUCACAUUUAUUUUUAAAAAGUACAACACAAAAAAGACAAAAAAGCAGAAACAUGCAGGUAACAGAGCAGUGGCUGAAAUCAGGAAUGACAGAGUAUCAAGUUAUUUUUCAAAUCAAGAUGUUGAGCAGCUGGACAUUACUAUUUUGGGGAGGUGGUGGAUUGUAUCAGAAAGAGCUGAGCUUUGAGUGGAUCUUUGAGUAUGUUUGAAAUGUAAAACUUGUACAUUUUAUUUAAACUGUUUUUUUUUACACCUAUUACUCAGUAGAGAUCUCUGAAUACAUUGAAAAUGCACUAUAUUUUUGUAUCUUACAGAUGAAUUAUUGUCAUCCACAAGAUUUCAGUUGUACAUAUUUUGUUUUUCAUUUAGGACCAAAGAUGGCUGAUAGGAUUUUCAUCUUUAUUCUAGACUUUGUUUUCAUGUUGCCUUUAGUUUCUUGUACAGUAAUGCAAAUUAUUGAUUUAUUAUUUAUUUUUCUGUGAUAAAAGUAUUGGGAAUACUCACUGGUCAAAAAGUAUUUUCCCCAACAGCAGAAAUGUGACAUGAUUUAAUUAGACGAUUUCUUGUUACAUAGAUGAUUCUUUUUGCUUUGUAACCUUUGUAAUAGACUGUACAUAUAUUUUUGGAAAUAUAAUACAAUCUCUACAGAAA